AUGUAUCCUCAGUCUUCCUCGCCAACAGCAGAUCACGCAGAUCCUUUCACUUCCACAGCGGGUGGUCCUCGCAGAUACGUUUACAGCGACAACGACUCCGACAAUGUCGACCCUUACGGUCGUAGAGACACUUAUGCUUCAGACAGCAGCAACAAUGGCCUCAAUGACACUGAGCGAUACUAUGACCACAACGGCAACUACGACCCAUACGCACAACCUGACACAGACUCCGAUGUCGACAUUUAUGCCCAGCGGUAUCCUCCAGCAUCCUCAGAAUCCCUAGGACCUUCGAGAAUGGGCAUGUCAGAUUCGAAUGCAACGACAUGGGCCGAAUAUGCAGGACCACCAGGCGCCCGUGAGGCAUAUCCCGCCUGGUCAGCCGAACGUCAAAUCCCACUUUCCAAGGAGGAAAUAGAAGAUAUUUUCCUGGACUUGACUCAGAAAUUCGGUUUUCAGCGAGAUUCUAUGCGGAACAUGUUUGACUUUUUGAUGCAACUGCUAGACAGCCGAGCGUCCCGUAUGUCGCCCAAUCAGGCACUCCUCACCCUACAUGCAGAUUACAUCGGUGGCGAGCAUGCGAAUUACCGUAAAUGGUAUUUUGCGGCCCAACUCGACCUCGAUGACGCCGUGGGCCACGUUCAAAAUCCUGGUCUUCAGCGCCUCAACCGCAGGGCCGGCGCACGCUCGUCUAAUGAGAAAUCCCUUGCAACCGCUAUGGAGCGCUGGCGUCAGGCCAUGAACAACAUGAGCCAAUACGAUCGCCUCCGCCAGAUCGCGUUGUACCUUCUUUGCUGGGGUGAGGCUGCCCAAGUGCGCUUUGUUCCCGAGUGUCUGUGCUUCAUCUUCAAGUGUGCGGAUGACUAUUACCGUUCGCCUGAGUGCCAGAACAAAGUGGAUCCCGUACCCGAAGGUUUAUACCUGAAAUCCGUCGUCAAGCCCUUGUACCGCUUUAUUCGGGACCAAGGCUAUGAGGUAGUUGAUGGGCGAUUUGUGAGGCGGGAGCGAGACCAUGCAGAUAUCAUUGGUUACGACGAUGUCAACCAGCUCUUCUGGUAUCCAGAAGGUAUUGCUCGGAUCAUACUUACCGACAAGACGAGACUUGUGGACCUUCCACCCCCCCAUAGGUUUAUGAAGUUUCAGAGCAUUGACUGGAAUCGUGCAUUCUUCAAAACCUACUAUGAAAAACGCUCCUUUGGACAUCUCCUGGUCAAUUUCAACCGCAUUUGGGUCAUUCACAUCUCUCUCUACUGGUUCUAUACCGCAUUCAACUCCCCUAAAGUAUACCAGAUCACACUUCCUUUGAAUAAAGUCUACAACUCCCCGGCAUUAUCAUGGUCUGUCACCGCGCUCGGAGGUGCAGUUGCGACGAUCAUUAUGAUCGCAGCAACUCUCGCAGAGUUUUCGUAUAUCCCCACUACCUGGAAUAAUACCUCUCAUCUCUCACGACGCUUACUAUUUUUGUUUAUCACCCUCGCACUGACAUGUGGACCCACCUUCUACAUUGCCAUCGCAGAAAAUAACUCCAACGGGACCACGAGUUCACUCGCCCUCAUCCUCGGUAUCGUGCAGUUCUUCAUCUCGGUUGUUGCCACGCUCCUCUUCGCGACUAUGCCGUCUGGACGCAUGUUUGGGGACAGAGUCGCCGGCAAGUCGCGGAAAUACCUCGCUAGUCAAACCUUCACUGCUUCGUAUCCUGGGUUGCACACAAAGGCGCGCUUGGGCUCUAUCGCGCUUUGGGCACUUGUUUUCGGUUGCAAAGCCACGGAAUCCUAUUUCUUCCUCACGCUUUCUUUCCGUGAUCCCAUUGCAGUGAUGGUGGGCAUGAAGAUCCAGGGUUGUAGCGACAGGUACUUUGGCUCCAGUCUGUGCACCAACCAAGCUGCGUUCACGCUGGCUAUCAUGUACGUGAUGGACCUAGUGCUGUUUUUCCUCGAUACGUUCCUUUGGUACAUCAUUUGGAAUACGGUGUUCAGUAUCGCGCGGUCGUUCUUACUUGGUUUAUCGAUAUGGACGCCAUGGAAGGAUAUCUACACCAGGCUACCAAAACGGAUCUAUGCGAAGCUGCUAGCGACGAGGGAUAUGGAGGUCAAGUACAAACCGAAGGUGUUGGUGUCCCAGAUUUGGAACGCGAUUAUAAUUUCCAUGUACCGCGAGCACCUGCUUUCCAUUGAGCACGUGCAGAAGCUGUUGUACCACCAGGUUGACUCAGGGCAUGAUGGCAAACGCAGUCUCCGUGCGCCACCGUUCUUCAUCUCCCAGAGCGACAAGGGUUUCAAGGGGGAGUUCUUCCCUUCGGGGAGUGAGGCUGAGCGCCGGAUCUCCUUCUUUGCACAGUCACUCACGACUGCUGUACCGGAGCCGCUCCCUGUGGAUGCUAUGCCCGCGUUUACGGUCUUGACGCCACAUUACAGCGAAAAGAUCCUCUUAUCGCUGAGGGAGAUUAUCCGUGAGGAAGAUCAGAAUACCCGUGUCACCCUGUUGGAGUACCUGAAGCAGCUCCACCCCGUUGAAUGGGACAAUUUCGUUAAGGAUACCAAGAUUUUGGCCGAGGAGUCUGCCAUGUUCAACGGCACGAGUCCUUUCGGCACGGAUGAGAAGGGUCAGUCAAAGAUGGAUGAUCUGCCGUUCUACUGCAUCGGUUUCAAGAGCGCUGCCCCCGAAUUCACCCUGCGGACCCGUAUCUGGGCUUCUCUGCGUGCGCAGACGCUCUACCGUACAGUCUCCGGUAUGAUGAACUACGCCAAGGCGAUUAAAUUGCUCUACCGCGUGGAAAACCCUGAGGUUGUGCAGCAGUUCGGCGGUAACACGGACAAACUAGAACGUGAGCUUGAACGCAUGGCCCGCCGCAAGUUCAAGUUUGUCGUCUCGAUGCAGCGGUACUCCAAAUUCAACAAGGAGGAGCACGAGAACGCCGAAUUCUUGCUGCGUGCAUACCCGGAUCUUCAGAUUGCGUACCUGGAUGAGGAGCCACCGCGCAAGGAAGGUGGCGAAUCGCGGUUGUUCUCUGCGCUUAUCGAUGGCCACUCUGAAUUCAUUCCUGAGACUGGCCGUCGUCGCCCCAACUUCCGCAUUGAGCUCCCCGGUAAUCCCAUUCUUGGUGACGGCAAGUCGGAUAACCAGAAUCACGCGAUCAUCUUCUAUCGUGGCGAAUACCUGCAACUCAUUGAUGCUAACCAGGAUAACUACCUGGAAGAGUGUCUUAAGAUUCGCAACAUCUUGGGCGAGUUCGAGGAGUACUCGGUGUCAACUCAGAGCCCGUACGCACAAUAUGGUCAUAAAGAGUUUAAGACAAGCCCCGUGGCCAUCGUCGGCGCUCGCGAGUACAUCUUCUCGGAGAACAUCGGUAUCCUUGGUGAUCUCGCCGCCGGAAAGGAGCAGACGUUCGGUACGCUGUCUGCUCGUGCUUGGGCAUGGAUCGGUGGAAAGCUUCACUAUGGCCAUCCUGAUUUCCUGAACGCGCUCUACAUGAACACUCGUGGUGGCGUGUCGAAGGCACAAAAGGGUCUGCACCUUAACGAGGAUAUCUAUGCUGGCAUGAACGCUUUUGGUCGUGGUGGUCGUAUCAAGCACACCGAGUACUACCAGUGUGGUAAAGGUCGUGACCUUGGGUUCGGUACCAUCCUCAACUUCCAGACGAAGAUCGGCACUGGUAUGGGAGAGCAGAUGCUUAGCCGGGAGUACUAUUACAUGGGCACGCAACUACCUAUCGACCGUUUCCUCACGUUCUACUACGGCCACCCUGGUUUCCACAUCAAUAACAUGUUGGUUAUCUUGGCCGUCCAGUGCUUCAUUGUGACAAUGGUGUUCUUGGGAACGUUGAACUCUUCGAUCAUGGUGUGUCAGUAUUCUUCCGCUGGCACUGUUCUACCUGGCAUGGAUGGCUGCUACAACUUGACCCCCGUAUUUGACUGGAUUCACCGUUGCAUCAUCAGUAUCUUCUUGGUGUUCAUGAUUGCCUUCCUGCCGCUGUUCAUUCAGGAACUGGUCGAACGUGGGACGGGUCGUGCCAUUAUUCGUCUUGGAAAGCAGUUCAUGUCCCUCUCCCCUAUCUUUGAGGUAUUCUCUACUCAAAUCUACACGCAUUCUAUCAUCAGCAACUUGACCUUCGGUGGUGCCCGAUACAUCGCGACAGGACGUGGAUUCGCAACUACUCGUAUCUCGUUUAGCAUUCUCUUCUCUCGUUUCGCCGGACCGAGCAUUUACCUGGGCAUGAGGACCUUGAUCAGUCUUCUCUAUGUCACUAUGGCACUUUGGACGCCUUACUUAAUUUACUUCUGGUUUUCAAUUCUUGCCCUUUGCGUUGCUCCUUUCUUGUUCAACCCACAUCAGUUCGCGUUCGCGGACUUUGUGAUCGACUAUCGGGAAUUCUUGAGAUGGAUGUCUCGUGGAAAUUCGCGCUCGCAUAACAACUCUUGGAUCGGCUACUGUCGUCUAUCGCGGACUAUGAUUACGGGAUACAAGAAGAAGAAGCUUGGUCUCCCUUCAGAUAAAAUGUCGGGUGAUGUUCCACGCGCCGGUUGGAGAGCGGUCAUAUUUUCCGAGGUCGUCUUCCCUAUCGUGAUGGCGGUGCUGUUUACCAUUGCCUACAUUUUCGUCAAGUCCUUCCCCGAUACAACUGGCAAAAUUCCACCAAACCCGCUGAUCCGAAUCGCGAUCAUUGCCCUUGGUCCGAUCGUAUGGAACGCUGCAGUCCUUCUUGUGCAGUUCAUUAUAUCCAUCUUCCUUGGUCCAAUGAUGGACCCCACAUUCCCGAAAUUCGGAUCUGUCAUGGCAUCUACCGCUCACUUCCUUGGCGUCGUUGGUAUGCUAAGUUUCUUUGAGUUCUUGUGGUUCCUUGAGACGUGGAAUGCAUCACACGCAGUCCUUGGCAUUAUCGCAGUCAUUGCUAUCCAGCGUGCGGUUCACAAGGUUCUCAUUGCUGUGUUCCUAUCGCGUGAGUUCAAGCAUGACGAGACAAACCGUGCGUGGUGGACUGGACGGUGGUAUGGACGUGGCCUUGGCUCCCAUGUCAUGUCACAACCCGCCCGUGAAUUUAUUGUCAAGAUCAUCGAGCUAUCGCUGUGGAGCUCAGACCUUCUUAUUGGUCACUUCCUAUUGUUCAUGUUGACCCCACCCAUUCUUUUCCCGUACGCGGAUCGUUUGCAUGCGAUGCUGCUGUUCUGGUUGCGACCCUCCAAGCAGAUUCGCGCUCCCCUCUAUUCUCUGAAGCAGAAAAAGCAGCGUCGCUGGAUAAUCAUCAAAUAUGGCACUGUUUAUGUGAUAGUCGUCGUCGUAUUUACAGCACUCAUUGUCCUUCCUGCCGCCUUCCGGAACAGAAUUCAAUUCAACUGCACCCUAUGCAAUAAUCUGUAA